AUGCGGAGUCAGUACAAAGCGUUAAUCGCUAUCAUACCAGCAUCUAUCUGCGCGUAUCUUUUGAUGGGAGGUGCCUUUGCGACAUCUCAGAAACCUGAUCUCUCAGCAGAUUCCUGGAAAGUUUUGACCGACUCCGUUGCUGUUUGGGACAUCGGUCCUCUUCCAUCCGUCAUUAUGGAUCUUGAGAACACAAUCAAUUACCAGCUGAACUCGACAGCAUAUAACAAUGCGCAAUGGUCAGCUCUAGCACCGGGCGGAGGAAUCGUCUAUCUCGGUCCCAAUCACACUCCCUACCUUCCAUCCUUCUUCCACCAACUUCGUUGUCUUGAUAUUAUUCGAUUGUUCUAUGUCGCACAAGAGCAGGGCGUGGACAACCAGGACGCCAAGGAAGCCGCGGCGGCCAGACACUGUCUGAAUUACCUUCGUCAGAUGCUCUUCUGCCGCUCCGAUCUCAAUCUCGAAAGCGUCAUUUCAGGCGACCCUGAACAUCAUGCCGUUGCCGGUCGUCGUACUCAAACCUGUCGGGAUUGGAGGGUUGUAUAUGAGGCGUUGGAAAAGAAUCAAGUGAUUGGAGGAAGCGUAUAG